AUGGGCUGCGAUCUGGAAGAGACGGAGCCGCUGACGUGGCAAUACACGGCGCACUCAGUACUCAAGUACGACCUGCGCAUCCUUCACCUCCUUUGCUUGUGGCCACUCCCAGGCUCGCUGUUAUUCCGAACUUUGACAGCGUUCUUUACCGCGCUGUGCUUGGGGCACAUUGCAGAAGCCGGGGUCAACCUGUGCACCCUAAGUGGCGACAUGGAGGCCUACACAUUAGCGCUGUCCGCCGUUUCGGUAGUCAUAGUAGGCGUUCUUAAAGUGACAUUCUUCCUGCGCCACGAGCGCAAGUACUGUCGCCUGGUACGUUGGCUGGACGCGUUAGUGGCAGCCGAGAGGGAAGCCGUUCACGGGCGGCCGUUGCUUGAGGCUAUAUUCCCGGCAGUCCAGAAACGGGCCGUUCGCAUCGCGAGGGGCUUGCUCUUGUACAAUUGUUUCCUGCUCGCUAUAUGGUUGACAGUACCCCUCGCCGCUCCACCGGAAGCUAGGAGACUGCCUCUGCAGCAACUCCCUUUUACGGACGAGAACGCUUACCCCCUGUAUGAACUCUCAUAUGCGCUACAGGCACUAUCCAUAAUCUUCAUCGGCUUAAUAAACGUGCAUAUGGAUAGCUUCUUCACAGUGGCUAUGAUCUACACUGCCGCUCUACUCAGAAGUUUGGCCUUGCGUCUUGCCGAUCUGCAGGCGCAUGACACUCUCUCAAGAGCAAAAGGCAACGGGCGGGGGCAGAAGACUGCGACAGCGGACGAGCUGUACGGCGAAUUAUGCUUUUGUAUCAGGACACACCAGGAAAUCACAAGAUUUGUUCAGCACCUGGAAAGCGUCAUGAACCCCAUUGCAAUGAUGCAGUUGGCUCUUGGUGUGUUCGACGCCUGUAUGUUGAUUUUCCCAGCGGCAUACAGUCCAGAAAGAGGCGCGUUGUUGAAGUGUCUGGUUUCCGGUCCUACCGUCGCAAUGCAAAUCCUACUGUACUGCCUGGGUGCACACAGCGUCCGGGAGCAGGGAGAGUCUGUGUCCCUAGCGGCGUACAAUUGUGGGUGGCCAGAUGCCAGCGCCCGCUUCACGAGGGCAGUGCAGCUGAUCAUCAACCGCGCACAGCAGCCAUUGGCGCUCACCGCUGGUGGGGUCUACCCCAUCCAGAGGGCCACCUUCCUGUCGCUGCUGAACGCAGGGUACUCCUACUACGCAGUGCUGCAGAACUUCAACGGUCGCUGAUUCGUAGCAACGGUAUGGCCGUGCAUUACGG